CACUGAUUCGUGUGUUAUUUAUACUCUGUGGUGUCUACUAUAAAAAUAAAUACUUCACAACUUAAUAUUUUGUGUUUUAGUGUUUUAAGUACGGAAUCUUCAGAUUAACCGACUAAAUAUUUUUUUCUGUGUAUACAAUAAUCGUUCAUGGCAUUUAUUAUAAAUGUUUGGUAUUUUAAGAAAAUGAUCUCUCUUUUGUCUGCUGAAUCCUAAUAAAACUGAAGUUGCGCAACAUGGCGUAUUCCGCUCAGCUGCUACGAUGAAAAUUAGAAUCUUUUGUGACUAUGAUACGCUCUAAUUAGCAUUAAAUUAUUUUUAUCGGUUUACUGUUACUUUAAACUGUUUGGUGUCAAAGCAAAGGUGAUGGGCUAUAUAGUAAAUUAGUGCUGCUAAGUCAGAAACUUUAGGAGGGACGUUGUCGUUUAGUACUUUCUAUUCGUUCGGGAGUGAAAAUAAGUUAUCCGUCAAGCUGGAGCGGCUCCCGGAGUACCUGCGCGACACCGUCGACUGGUUCAUGGGUAUAGGGUGGAGGCGGCUAUGAUAUGCAUGCGUGUUAUCUCGCGCGGUGACGUGACCGCGAGCAGCGGCUGCUCUGACGCCGGCCGCCGCGGCGCGCACACGCGGCGGAGCGCGGUAGUACCGCGCCGCGCGCAGCCGCGGCACAGCGCGCCGCUGCAUCACCGAGUGCCGCCACCACCAUGCUGCGCCGUGGUUCGCGCCGACUGCUGCGACUCAAGUACCACGUGUCACCCGCGGCGCUGCCCUUAGACAUCGACGACACCGUUUCCUGCUUCUGCAGGUGAGUGCGGCCGCGCCCGCAUGUCUGUCAUGCUGGACUGCCUCUGUUGGGCUGUUUUAUGGCGAGACGGCUUUCCACACUGCGUCAUUCUGCAGAUGUUUAACGCGCCAACGACUGACGACCGCCGCGCCGGCUGCCAUUGCAGCCACGCACUGCCAACGGCCCCAUUACAUUUGGACUACAUUGGAAUUUACUUAAAUAGGAAGGCGCGGCGCAAGGAGCGUGAGGGCGAGCCGGCCGGUGACCCCAAGCUGUACCUGCAAGAGGCGCUGCUGGAGCGCAAGCUGCCCGAGCUGGACAUGCGCCAGCUGGUAGAAUUACCGCGGGGCCUCGAUUACAACGAGUGGCUCGCUUCGCACAGUCAGUAUACACCUAAACAUUAUGCCAGAAAUAACCAACCUUUUACUUCAGGUUCUCCUCCCCCACUCCUAGCAUAAAAUCAUCUCAAGCAUUUUAUUUGAUCCUAUUAUUGACUUUUACCAUACCUCACCAUUAUAACUCCUCAACUUAUUGUGUGAUUUUGUCGACAUUAUUGCCAAAGAUCCGGACGUUGAUGACCAGCCAGCAUGGUUACAGGUCGUGCGAGCUGAAUUUUUAAUGUGAAAAAUUUGUGAGCAAAUUCAAAUUUCUUAUCACUCGCUUGCACUAGUUUGCAGUAUCGGGACAAUUAACACCAUUCACAAUUGUAGCCGCCUGGCUUACAAUUUGAUUUAAAAAUAUCAUAAAAGAAUGCCAAAUUUCUUUGAUAAAGUUAUAUCAUUU